CUGCAUCAACUUCAAUCUCAUAUCCAUCCCGUUCACUCCUUUUUCCGGGCUCACUUUUCAUUUCUCCGAGGAACCAAUUCUCCGGCGCCUACCCCAUUCCUCUACCAUAAUGUCUCCCUGCACGACGUGGGGGUGGGAGCUACCCUGACUUGCCAUAGGAGGGGAUCUGCUGGAGAAGAGUGUGGGGUGCGUGGGGGUUUUUGGCUGGAUUGUUUUCUGCUCGACGCUGUCUGGAUGGAGUCAACCGGCUCAAUGUCCGACUCUCUCCAAACUUGACUGGUAACUGUUUCCCCUCUUAGCCACCCACUGGCUUUUUUUUAUUUUUUACUUUCUUAUAUCAUGGCAACGACAUCCUCAUUGCUUUCCAUCUAUCCUCCUUCUUCUCCUCCUUCAUCUUCCCCCGCAUUCACCCAAUCCACCACCACCACCACUCUCUAUACUUCCCUCACCACCACACCUACUACCCCAGAUUGAUCACCGACCCAAUCACCACCUCCACAAUGGCCAUUACCCCCCGCCCCCUCAAACCCGGCAUCUACGUCCCAACCGUCGCCUUCUUCACCUCUCCCAAUGAAGACCUCGACCUGACCACCACCGCCCAACACGCCACCUAUCUAGCCCAAGCCGGCGUGACCGGUCUCGUCGUGCAAGGCAGCAAUGGCGAAGCCGUCCACCUCAGCCGUGAAGAACGCAACCUGAUCACCUCCACCACCCGACAGGCUCUCGACACCCACGCGCCCUCCGCCCCGCUCAUCGUCGGCUGCGGCGCCGCCUCCACCCGCGAGACCAUCCAACUGUGCCAAGACGCCGCCGCCUCCGGAGGCGACUAUACCCUGAUUCUCCCUCCCUCGUACUACAAAUCCCUCCUCUCUCCCAAAGACCUCCUCGACCACUUCCGUCUCGUCGCCUCCGCCUCCCCCAUCCCUAUCCUGGUAUACAACUUCCCCGGUGCCUCCUCGGGCCUGGACCUCUCCUCAGACGACAUCCUCGCCUUGGCAGAACACCCCAACAUCGUCGGCGUGAAGCUGACCUGUGGAAACACGGGUAAAUUGGCGCGCAUUGCUGCCGCUGCUGAACCGGGCUUCUUGACCUUUGGUGGCUCCGCCGACUUCACGCUCCAGACGCUGGUGGCAGGCGGUCAUGGAGUGAUUGGUGGCGUGGCUAAUCUGAUUCCGAGGUUGAGUGUGCGUGUGAUGGAGCUGUAUCAGGCUGGUCAGGUCGAGGAGGCUCAGAGGUUGCAGGCUAUUGUGGCGCGUGCGGAUUGGCAGGCGAUUAAGGGUGGGUUUGUGGCCGUCAAGAGUGCCUUGCAGACGUACCGUGGAUAUGGAGCCUUGCCGAGACGGCCCUGUGUGGUGCCGUCGGAGGAGCAGGCGACGGCGUGGAAGGAUUCGUUUGCGGAGGCUAUGGAGUUGGAGAGGCAAUUGGAGAAGCAGGCUUAGCCUUUCACUCUGUAUCUACCUACCUACAUACCUUACCCUACUAUACCAGGUUGAAAUAUACAUGCAAACGCAAUCAAUAUCCAUCCCGAGAUACUUACUCACUCCCACUUCUUCUACAUACCAUCAUCACAUCACCAUCUUCAUCUAUACAACCGGCAACACCAAAUAAGAAUCAAACCCUUCCCCACAAUGAACUUCAUGCACCUGCUCCUCCACCUCCC